GUGUCUAAACUUACAUGGCUCCCAGUGCGAAUACACCGUACGAAAUGUCUGAUACCAGUAGGGAUAUUAUUCCCGUAAAAAGAGUAUCUGCCCUACGCUUGCGAAUGGACGCAGCCGUCUUUGCACAAGAAAUCCAGGAUAUGCGCACCAGCACAGUACUCUGUGAUGUGGUUCUGAAAGGAAGCGAGCGUUGGGCGGAAGGUAUACGCUGUCAUCGUUUGGUACUUUGCGCACAUAGUGUGUAUUUCCGGGCAAUGUUUACCGUCGGUUUACGUGAAUGCCAUCAAGAAGAAGUGCAACUGCAGAAUAUACCGAGCGAUAUCUUGAAAAGUUUGAUCAAUUACUGUUACUCAUCCGAAAUUUCUACUGAUGAAGACAACGUUGAGUUGAUGCUAACGACUGCUCUUUUCCUGGUAAUCCCGCCGAUUGCCGAAAGAUGUUGGCAGUUCUUGGAGCGUCGACUGGACGAGACAAACUGCUUAAAAUUGUACAACUUGCCCCAGUGCGAAAUGCACCAACCAAAACUGGCUGAAAACGUCAAGGCAAUGAUGUUGCGUCAUUUUCAGACCAUUUGUCAUUCUCCAGCCUUUUUGGAGUUAAACAAAGAUAAGGUAACUGAACUGAUAAGCUCGGAUGAUUUGUACGUUGACCGCGAAGAAGAGGCUCUCCACGCGGUCAUUCGCUGGCUCGACCAUGAUAUUCCAAAUCGGCGUCCACAUUUUUACGAAAUUAUACAACACAUUCGCCAGGCAUUUUUGAGUCCCGCUUAUUUGCAUGCUCAUCUGGUUGCGUUCCUAAACGCGGUUAAGGACAGUCCUGUGCAUGAAAAGCUACAUGUUGAAAGUUAUCUGCACGAAAUUCCGAACCGCACAGAGGAAGCGAUUUUGUCGCAAAACCGCUCACGAAAGUUUUACGGUAUGACAAAGGUCAUUGUGUGUGUUGGAGGUGAAGCUAUAAGCGGCGGCAGUGCUCUGGACUGUGUUGACUGUUUCGAGCCGGCCAAUUUGAUUUGGUCCGUUUGGAAAAGACUGUCAUACAAAGUGUACGGUGCCGGUCUUGUGAACGUCGACGACCAGUACCUGUUUCUGUGUGGCGGAUACAAUCCGUUAAAUGGCCGCUACAUGAAACGCGUAUCCCGAUACAAUCCAAAUCUCGACAAAUGGGAUGAAAUGGCGGAUCUUCAGACCGAACGGGUUCAUCCUGGCGUGGCCGUAUUGAAUGGCUAUGUUUACGCACUUGGUGGGCGUGGCGGCAAUCGUGAAACGAUACAAACCAUGGAGCGCUACGACCCAGCAACCAAUCAGUGGCAGUACGUGGCGAGUUUGCCGAUAUCGUUGUCGCGUUUUGCCGCUGUAGCUUGCAAGGGUCGCUUGUACACGUUUGGAGGUUUUACGUCAGCCGGUAUCGCGACCAAUUCUUCCUUUUGUUAUGAUACUAGUACGGAUUCCUGGUCCGAAGUGGCCAGGAUACCUACGCCGCGAUAUUUCUGCUCGGCGUGUGUUGGACCAAGCGGUCUGAUCUAUGUUAUUGGUGGCACUAAUGCUUUUCCGGUACAAAAUAAUCUGUCAUGUGUCGAAGCGUACGAUGUAUGUGCAGACGCAUGGCUGGCAAAUACUAGCAUGAACAAACGAAGACGGGUAGCGGGAACAGUGUGUGUAGAUGGAAAGAUCUACGCUUUGGGAGGUUUUGAUGAUGGUUAUGAUAACUCCAUGGAAAUAUACGAAGAGAAGACCGAUACGUGGAGUAUACAAGAAACUAGGAUGCUUAGUGCCCGUAGUGCAUUCGGAUGUGUAGCAAUACGUGUAAAAAAAGGGUGAACUGACCAUAGACAGCGCUCAAGCGCUAAAAUGAGGAGCAGACAACGAAUGCGCAAUACAAUCUGCGCCGAUACGGUUAUUCUGGAGAUCUGUUUUUUACCAAAUACUGCGGUAAUUCCUGUUCGUCUUUUAUUUAAAUUGUGUACAGACUGAUCUCAUAAUAAUAUUAUCAGGCAUC